GCGGACCGGAAGAAGAUGGCGGCGGCCGCGCUCAAGCGGUUUUGGUCCCGCGGCCGCGGCGAAAGCGGGGAGACGGCGGCCAAGCCCGGGGUGUGGGCGCGGCUGGGCACUUGGGCCGGCGCGCUGCUGCGGGACUACAGCGAGGCGUGCGGGGACGCGGUGGCCGCGGCGCGGGCGAGACCGGGCCGGGCGGCCGUGUACGCGGGGCUGCUGGGCGGCGCGGCCGGCUGCUGGGCGCUGGCCCCCGGCGAGGCGGCCUUCGAGGAGGCGCUGCUGGACGCGUCGGGCCGGCUGCUGCUGCUGGCGCCCGCCACCCGGAGCCGGACCGCCGAGGACUUCGUGCAGCGGCUGCUGUGGCUGCGGGGCGCCGGGCGCCUCCGCCACGUCCACCUGGGCGUGUGCUCGCUGGUGUACGAGGCGCCCUUCGACGCCCAGGCCAGCCUGUACCAAGCCCGCUGCCGCCACCUGCAGCCCCGCUGGAGCGACUUCCCGGGCCGCGUCCUGGACGUGGGCUUCGCGGGCCGCUGGUGGCGCCUGGGCCGCCGCAUGCGCGACUGCGACGUCAACGACACCGAGUUCCAGCACCUGCCGCCCCACCUGCGCGCCCUGGGGCCCCGCCAGCUGCGCUCCGAGGCCAACGAGCGGCUCUUCGACCAGAAGUACCAGCCCGUGGUGCUGACCGACGACCAGGUGGACCAGGCCCUCUGGGAGGAGCAGGUCCUGCAGAAGGAGAAGAAGGACCAGCUGAUUCUCAGCCAGGCCGCCUCGCUGGUUCAGGCCGGGGGGGCCCAGGUGCACCCCACCACCCCCACCAGCCCUACACAUACUCCCCCCCCACACACACACUCACUUCGCACUGAUUCAGCGACACCUUGACGGACUCGACUUUCCUCCGCUCUGCCCGGGUCCGAAGUGAGGCGUGUCUGUAAAUAAAGCCGCCCUCCGCACCAAA